AGGACUCCGAGAAGAAGACCCGGCAGGAGGCCAAGGUGCGAAAGAACCUCCGCAGGAACAUCUUCGAGGCGCUCUCGGGCGGCUUCGACUUCUUGUCCCUGGGCGACGCCUGGAAGCUGCCCGCGCCAGACAAGUCCGAGAAGCUCAGCUCGAAGGCGCUUUCGCAGGGGAAGACGCAGCGGAGGACCCGUGCCGAGACCGAGCCGAUCCCGGGCAGGCGGCUGAGCCGAGAGCGGGAGGCCAAUAAGAAGGUCCGCGGCGGCCCACGGGAAUGGUGGCCCGGACGGCGGCCUCCUCCUCCUCCUGUUUCUCCUCCUCCUCCUCCUCCACCCUCGUGUUUCUCCCCAGAUCUCCAUUGUAUCGGAACAGAAGUAGUGCGGAGCCUUGUCGCUGUUUUUAGCCCCUCGGGGGGGUCCUCGUGGGGCCCGGGG